AUGCAUGAUUAUUUUAUUAAAAAUAAAUUUAAUUUAUUAAACAGUAAUUUGUUUAAUAAUAUUUAUAGAAGAGAUUCAAAAUAUUUUAAAGAGGAAGUAAAAAAUGAUAGAAGAAAAGUUUAUUUAGAUAAAGAAGAAAACGAAAAAAUAAAUAAAAAUGAAGAAUUAAUUGAUAGGAUGAAAAAGGAUUUUCAUGAACAGCUAAUUUAUUCUUAUUACAACAACUUUAAUGAAAAAAGUGUAGAAGAAAUAAAAGAUAAAAAUAACGAUUUGAAAAAUAUUUAUGAUUAUAAUAAUAUAAAUAAGAAAAGUUUAUUAAAUUAUAAUAGUAAUGAAAUAAGUGAAGAUAUAUGUUUAAAAAAUAAAGAAGUAAAAGAAGAUAUUCUUUAUAACGAAUUCAAAAAAUUAAAAAAUGAUGUUUUAGUUUUGCAAAUGAUGAAUGUAAAUCUACAAAAACAAUUAUUAUCUAACCAUUUAAUGAAUUCAUCAAAAGUUAUACCUCAAAAUAUUAUUAUUAAUAAUAAAACAGAAGUAGCUUCUAAUGCUAUUAGUCAAAUUCAAGAUAAUAAAAAAAAAAAAGGAUUUCUUUAUCUUUUAUUUAAAAAAAUUCUAAGAAGUCGUUUUAAUCAAAUGCUUUUUGUUUCAUCAAUCUUUCUUUCUUUUUUUUUAAUUAACAAACAUUGGCAAAGAGCAUUAAAAGUAUCUCAAUUAGAAAAAAGAAUAAAUUCAAACAUUCUUUUGAGGAGUGUUAGACUGUUUGAAGAAACCUUAGGAAUAAGAAAAUUAAGCUAUAUAUAA